CACGCACAAUUUAUGAAGUAUAUUUCCGCCUAAAGUUUUGGCAUUUGGAAAACUUGCACGUUGUUUGGAUUAAUUGGAAAAGGAGGAAAUACAAAUUUUUAAGUAAUAUCAAAAGUGUUAAUUAACAAUGAGUCAAACAACUGAACAAAAGAUAUUUCAGGUUCAAGAUUAUAAAGAUUCAUUGAAAACAAAAGCUGAAAAAUUAAUUUUAGUUGGAUUUCCACAAAAGAUACUUGAAUUAAAUGAGUUACUUGAAACACCACAAUUUCGUGAUAGGCAAUUUACAGAUGUUCAUCAAGAAUUAAACGUACCAGUGCCUGAUCCAAUUGUACUUAACAAUCAUGAAGAUCUACAAAUUGCCAAAAAAAGAAAAUCAGAAUAUAGUCUUGCAGAAGGUAGUAAAGUAAUGGCUGUAACUUCUGGUGCUAUUCCAUGCAAUCAAGCGCUUUGUGAACUUAUUCAUCUUGUUAAACCUCACAUUCGACAACUUGUUGAACAUUCCAAUCAGCUCAAAAUGUGGAUUUCGUUUAUGAUUCCAAAAAUCGAAGACGGUAAUAAUUUUGGUGUAUCUAUACAAGAAGACACAUUAGCUGAAGUGCAAUCUGUAGAAUCAGAAGCAGCUGCAUUUUUUGAUCAAAUAUCUCGGUACUUUAUAUCACGUGGUAAAAUUGUGUCAAAAGUAGCAAAAUAUCCGCACAUCUCAGAUUAUCGUCGUGCAGUUCAGGAGCUUGAUGAAAAAGAGUAUUUAAGUUUAUGGUUAGUAUUGUCUGAAGUACGUAAUCGAUACUGUUCACUUCAUGAUAUAGUUAUCAAAAAUUUGGAAAAAAUUAAAAAACCUAGAUCUUCCAAUGCCGAAUCGUUGUAUUAACAAUUUUCUAGGGUAUGUCGGUUUAUUAUUUUGUUCUUUUUUUUAUUAUUAAACUCUCAAGAUAAUAUUAUAAUUUAUUAUUACAUAAAAUAAAAA